AUGAAAGGGUCUGUGGGGAAGAGGUCUGGCUCAGAAAAUGGCCGCCAAGACCAUGAGAUCAAAAAGAAGAGACCUUCAUCCGCUAUUAUGGGAAUAACAAGAUCAAUUGCUGCGUGCAAAAGAUGCAGAGUUAAAAAAAUCAAAUGUGAUCAACGUUUUCCGAGCUGUUCCAAAUGCGCCACGUCGAACGAGCCUUGUGUCUCGGUGGAUCCAGCGACGGGACGAGACGUACCACGGUCUUACGUUGUAUUUCUGGAGGAUCGCUUAGAAGCUAUGGUGAAGAAGCUCCAAGAGUGCGGCGUAGAUCCGACGCAGGUUCAGGGAAAUAUUCCAGCAACAGAAGGGGACUACCCGUGUGAUCUAGGAUUAUUCGAAGAGAAAUUGAGGGCAGAACACGAGGUACCACACGAGAAUGCUAUUGCGGGGUACAUUAUCAAUAAUGGCACGUCAAUGAAGAAGGGCGUCAUGAAAAGUGACAAACCCGCCGUAGCGUCCAUACAUUCCCUUGGGCUGAAUGAUUCUGAUAGGCUGGAACCGGUUUCGGAGCUCGGUGAGUCGGCCAAAAACUUGCAAAGCCUCGGGUCCAUGAAGUAUUCACAUCAGAAAUCUGGGGAACCUUUGUUGGGUGCAGCGUCUAAUUCUUAUCUUGGAGAUUCGUCUGGUAUUCCUUUUGCAAAGCUUAUAUUCACAGCGAUCAACUUUAUGCCUGACGCGGUUGAGGAGGCUUCAAAGCAUGUAGAAGAUGAACCUACUGAGGAGGAUGAUUCACUUCUCGAUACAUCGUACUUACCUCCCAAGCCGGAAGCUCAGAUUCUGAUGUCGCAGUAUUUCACGUGCAGCAAUGCACAGCUUCCCAUCCUUCAUCGUGAGUAUUUUCUGAAAAGGUUUUUUGAACCUAUUUAUGGACUUUGGAAUUCUGAUGUCUCGUUGAGUUCCGAUACUACACUUAUCAACAGCAACUUUCAGCUACCUCUAGGCAAAAAUGACUCGGACACACAAGGUGAUGUUUGGUAUGAGCCAUCAUUAUCACAACUUGAACGCGACCCUAGGGAAGUGCCUGUGAAAUUUCAUAUUCCUUUAUUUUUCUUGAACAUAGUGAUGGCCAUCGGAGAUUCUUCAAAGGUAAUGACAUCAGAUGAGCGCAAGUCUGUCGCCUUCAAAAACCGAGCAUCGGCUUUCAAUGAUGCCCUUUUCAGAUCCGACGAUCAAAUGGAAGCGUUAGCAGGCACUUUACUGGUUGCUCAGUAUUCGACAAUGCGGCCUAACGUUCCUGGCGUAUGGUACACAAUGGGAUCUGCUUUGAGAUUGGCAGUAGAUCUUGGUCUACACGCGGAGAAGCUAAACCGAAAUUAUGAUCCUUUCACCAGAGAUAUGAGACGAAGGCUAUUGUGGUGCACAUACUCGCUAGAUCGUCAAAUAUGUGCAUUUUUUGGUCGUCCCUUCGGUAUUCCAGACGAAAACAUAACGAGUGAAUUUCCAAGUUCUCUAGAUGAUGCUUUGAUCACUACGACAGCUGACGACAUAGAGGAUUAUUCUAUGGUAAAAAGUUCGAUGGCCUCUUACAAAUGUGUUGCUCUUGCAUUUUUCAAAAUAAGAAAGGUUCAGGCAGAUAUAGUUCAAGUACUAUAUUCUCAAAAAGAGAUCCCUGACGGAUUUGAAGACUUAGAUGAAUGGAAAGAACAUAUGAACAGACAACUUGAUGAAUGGCAUCACAAGAAGGUUCCGAAGACGUCACGCAAAAUGAACUGUGACUUCAAAUUGGAACUUUUCCAAUUGGAGCUUUUUCACUCAAAGGUUUUACUUUACGGUUUGUGUCCCAAAUCGAUGACUCUGAAUGAACAUGGUUACAAAAUGGUAUAUCACAACACAAAGGGCAUUAUAGAUGUCUACUACAAGUUGUGCCGUGAGGAAAAUAUUAUGUACACAUGGGUUGCUGUACAUAGCCUUUUCAUGUCCGGAAUGACCUUUCUCUAUGUGCUUCACAACGCUGGCGUGGUAAUUGGAGACACUAUUCAGGAACUACAAAAGACGUGCUUGAAGUUGGUCUAUGUUAUGGAGCAACUAGAUGGGAAAUGUGAAGCGGCAAAAAAGGGAUCGAUAAUAUUCAAGGUACUAUCAGCUGCUAUUUUAAAGUUGCGGGUUGAAAACGUUGGAAACGUGCAUGAGAGUUCGCCCCACGAAGUACGACGGAGAGAGAGUGAUGGAAGCGUACUUACACUGGACGAGCAGUCUCAUUUCAACCGCGUCAAUAGCCUUGGAGAGGAUGUAUUUGCUCCGGGGGUUGAUCCCGGAGCAUUGAAUCAAUUCUUCGUAGAGCUAGACAAGUUGUCUCCCUUUUCGGACUUAAGUAAUGAUCUGGACGAUUUAGCGAAAACUUACGCAACUGACCGAUUGACGCUCAAGGACUCGAAAUUACCUAUUGCGCUGAAUAUAGAUCCUUCAGUGGCCACAGACUGCGACGACUCUGAGCAAAACAGAGAUGCGCCCGGUUUACCACUGAAGGCCAAUCACAGCCAAACUAAUACUAAUCAUAAGGAUGGCCAAAGGGUUUACGAUAUGAUGAAUCAGUUUAGCACAGAAACGAUAUGGGACCAGGUAUUCAGUAAUGGCGGUAUGUCAGGGGUGACUUUGGGCAACCAAGAGCAUUAA